AUGAAAAUUAACAUUAUUUUAAAUCUAAUCAAGUUAAAAAAAGAAAGAAGAUAAAUAUAAAAAAUAUUAGACAGUAUUCAUCCUGAAGAAUAAAAUUUUGCAUGCAAUAAAUAAGAGGAAAUCCUUUAUUAUAAUAUCUAUAUUUUGACCAUACUUCCUAUUUUGAGAAUAUUGGAGAUUGUUAAACAUACUUUGAUUGAGAAGUUUAUUACAAAGAUUCCAGCAUUUCAUCCUUUUACAAAAUAAUAAGUUGAAGAGGAAUCCUUACAUAUUUUCAAUGAUUUUCUUGAUUCUUUAUCAUAGAAAGGAUAGAUGAAUGUUAAUAAAUAUAUACACAAUAUCAUAAAAAAGUAGAUAACCUAUAAAGAAGUGUUAAAAUUAGCUACUACAGCUAAAACUCAUUUAAUGUAGCCAAAUGAUUUCUAAAGAUAAUCAUCAAUAUAAUUAAAACAUAUAAAUGGGAAUGUGAAAGUUAAAUCAAAAAUGUCUGAUUUUUAUGAGAAUACUGCAGAUGAUCAUUUAUAAAGGAAUUUAAUAGAAAAUAAGACAUUUGAUUUUCUUUAUAUUUUUAUAGGAGAUAUACAUUAUCAUAAAUUAUUAGAGGAUCCAGAUUAUUUAUACAAUUAAAUUUAACAUAUGAAUCCAGAUUAUUGGAAAACCAAAUAUACACCACUUAUGCAUAAAAUAAGUGAAUGUAUAGAUGAAGAUUUGGAAGUAUACAUUAAAUAAGAUGAUAAAAAUUAAAAUAAAUAAGAAUAAUAAUAAUAAAAAUAAGAAUAUUGUUGUAUACUUAGAGCAAUUUGUUAAUAUGCAGUAGAUUUAUUAAAAAGUAUUAAUGUAGCUACAUUGUAUUAUUAUUCUGUUAAUUAUUCAUUUCAAAAAUUUGUGAAUCGUUUGAAUGGAAAUGAGGAUUUAUAGAGAAUAUUGUAUUUGACUUAAAAUCAUUAUAAGGAAAGGAAUUAUAAAUAACAUAUAAAAGACUAUUUAAGAGGAUAUUCAAAUUUCAUAAGAGAGAUUAGAAAUAAGUCUUUGGUUGAUAAGGGAGAAAGAGAGCUGAUAAAAAUAAUUUUAAAUUUCUGA